UGCUGCUUCAUUAAUGUCCACAGCGGCAGCUAUCUCACACCUACAUGUGAGUUUGUGUUGCAAGAAAACACAGUAAACUGCACUUUGUUUGCAAAAAAAAUCUACUAAUGUGAGAGCUUUAAAGUGUUCUAUAUCACUUGGAGUCGUGCCCCUGUAAUGCCCUCACAUGCCUUAUGAUCACAUCACUCCUUCCUGUUAGUCAUGUGACUUAUUCUGGCAGCCAGCAUGCCUCUGUCUUGUGUAAUAGUGCCCACAGGAGUGAUCCGGUCGCUCUCUCGUGACCUCCUCUCUGCUUUUCAUGAACUCAUACCUGCUGAAUGUUCCCUGUCCCAUCAUCAGAACAGAACCCCCCUUUUUUGUGUCGUGUGUAGGAAGCCCCCCUUAGAUGUUGCUGCCUCCCUUCCCUCCUCUUCUACUUCUUUUUUUUUCUUCUUCUUCAGUCUGCUGCCUGCUCUAUAUGUGGCACUGGAGCUGCUUCAGGAAUCCAGUCCAAAUGCUUUCCAUAUUAGUUCAGAGCCAUCUCUGUUUUCAAAUAACAGUCAAGCUGAGGCUUGGUAACAGCAAGCUGGGAGGGAAAGGGAAAGAGUCGGAGGCAGACGGCAGGCUAAACUCACCCUCCACACUUUCAGCAGGGAAAGUUGUGAAGAAAAACAAAGAGAGAGGGAAGACAGGAAGAGGAAAAAAUGGGAAAGGGGCAGAAAGGUUCCCUAGACAAGAAGAAAGGCACGAGGAUGAGAGAUGACAGCCCAGGACAAGAAGACGGCAAAAAGUGUAGAGUUUGCCGUUUCCCUCUGCUUGUUGCUCUGCUGCAGCUGCUUUUUGGGGUGGCUGUUGCCGUCGUGGCCUUCCUCAUGGCGGCCAUUAGUCCUUCACUUUUGACCAGAGAGACUCCACACUGGGCUGGGAUCAUUCUCUGCUUGGUUUCUCUCGUUGGCUUCAUCCUGUAUUGCAUCAACUACCUGCCAGAUGAGAGGACUUCCAUACAGUUUGUUGUGAAGCUCCUCUACUUCCUCCUGUGCACCACCGGUCUGGUCAUUUCCGUGUUGGCGGUGGCAUUCGCCGGACACCACCACUCUCAGUCCAGCGGCUUCACCUGUAAGCAGGAGGGAGAGGCCUGCGUGUGCGUUCAGGAUAGCAACGACCCCAUAGCUCGCACCUUCACCUACGAAGGGGUGAGUGACUGUGAGGCCGUCACGGGGACACUCAGAUUCUACUUCCUGCUCCAAAUCCUGCUGAACCUGGUCCAGGCGCUCAUCUGCGCAGUGGGCGCCUUCAUCAUGUGGAGGCACCGCUAUCAGGUCUUCUUCUCCGGUCUUCAGAUCGCAUCCCCUUCCCCGGAGCUGUGGGAAAAGGUUUAAGGCGAUGAAGAUGGAGGUUAUGUGAACUCUGGUUUUCUAGAUCAUAAUGAAGGCAAUAUUGUGGAAAAUCCCUGAUGGACAGGGACCCUUUUGUAUUCCCGUGUGUUCUUUUCUUUGUUUAUUGGUACUGAUAGGAAGAUAAAAGAACCAUCACCAAGUGUUUUAGCAAAGUAUUCAAUCAAUCUGUCUUCAUAGGAGUAAUGUUUUACAAUGGUUUCCAUUUGGACAGUUACAUUUGUUAAGUGAACUUUUUAUCAACUGGAAACAAAGAUUUUACAGAUAUGUACCAAAUAUAUUAAGAAAAUAAAUCCUUAUUCGUAACUCAUAAAAUGCAUUUGUUCUCAUAUAUUUGCUCCUCGAAGUGAGUCGUGUUUUGGGCGGAUCCAGUAAAUCAUUUUUGUUUUUGUUAACUUAAAAGUCAACUUGCUGACAAGUUCUUUGAGCUUCAGAUGCUGACAUUUACUGAUUAGCGUUUGGUAGCAUAAGUGAUGCCUUUGGCGGCCCACAGAGUCCCUGUGUGUUCAGGCGAUGAUUUGCAUAAUAAUGUAAAUGAUUUGUCAGAUUUUUGCUCGCUGAUUAAGAUGCUCAGCGAUACCUGCUUGAAUGAAAGGGUCAAACUGCCACAGAGGUCUGCUGCCAUAUAAUUUUUUUAAACGGAUCUCACCUACGUGUUCUCGGUAAAUAAUUUCAGAAUCAAAUGACGCUGAGGCUUUCAGCUGUGUUGUCUUUUACAAUAAAAACUGUCAUGAAUAACCA